AUGGCUGUUGCUGUGUUAGGAGCUAGAACGGUUCUUGUCAACAUGAGGUCCACUUUCCAAAGAGUACGGCUUUUUGGUCAAACCAGACUUAUCCAGAGUUCUAGGUCAUAUCUGGUCAAGAGGGGGCACGUUCUGACCAACAUCCCCAAGUUCGCGUUGCUGUUUUGGGGUACAGCAAGUGUACCCUCAGCCAAAUGCCAACAAGCUGCUCUGCCAGUCCAAAUCACCAACAGGAAGUCUCUAGCCAAGAUUCAAGUGCACAAACUAGUCUUUCUCAUCCGCCUAGGUGUGCGUGCGUUAGUGCUUUUCAUGAAAUUCUCCCCUUUCCUGCUUCUUUCCCCCUUGGUUCUGAUUUCCGCUCGCUGGGCAUCGUGCUGGUUGGAUGCCCUGCUGUGGGUGACUGAAAGCUCUGGCCCAGCCUUCAUUAAGCUGGGGCAAUGGGCCAGCACCAGGAGAGACAUCUUCCCUCAGGAGUUCUGCGACCGUUUUUCCAGACUUCACGUGAAGGUCCGUCCUCAUUCAUGGGCCCACACCAAGCUGUGCCUCAAAAGGGCUUUUGGAGAAGGCUGGAAGAAAGUUCUCAUGUUCGAGAGCAAAGAACCGGUGGGCUCAGGUUGCGUGGCCCAGGUUUACCGCGGCUGGGCCAAAAAGGAUCAGGUGGAGGACCCGGACUUUCAAACGCUAGUGGAGGAGAUGGAAAGGGAGGAUCUUCUAGAAGCGUGGGAGAUUCCUGGUCUGAGUGGAGUGUUGAGCUCUAUGUGGAAUUUCUGGAAAGGAAGAAACAAGGAAGAUGAGGAGAAGCUUCAUGAGAACACCUUGCACGAAGAUCACAGGAUACCUGUGGCUAUUAAGGUGCUUCAUCCAGGCCUGAGACGACAAGUGGAGAUGGACCUGCUGCUGAUGAAGGCAGCUAGCUUCCUUUUACACUGCCUACCUGGACUUAAGUGGCUUAGCCUGCCAGAAAUUGUCAGCGAGUUUGAAAAUCUCAUGACUAAACAGAUUGACCUUCGUUUUGAGGCCAAGAAUAUUGAGCGCUUUCGCGAGAAUUUCCGCAACGUCGACUACGUGAAGUUUCCUACUCCAUUGCGGCCUUUUGUCACCAGGACAAUUCUGGUCGAAACAUUUGAAGAGAGCGAGCCCAUCUCAAACUACCUUGGAGUAGAGACUCCACAGAAGGUGAAGCAGAAGAUUGCCAGGAUGGGAGUUGACACUCUGUUAAAAAUGGUUUUUGUGGAUAACUUCGUCCAUGCUGAUCUCCAUCCUGGCAACAUCUUAGUACAGCAUUGCGGCCCACCCGCGGGGUCCUCAGAUGUCCCUGCUGCAGACCAGGGGAAGACCACCCUGACCGACCUGUGGGAUACAGUGGUUGUGAGCGUCAGGCCCGAGACGUGUCCUUACCAGCUGGUGCUGCUGGACGCCGGCAUCGUGGCGCAGCUGAGCGGUCGCGACCUGGACAACUUCAAGGCUGUCUUCACUGCCGUUGUGCGGCGCCAGGGUGAACGAGUAGCAGAGCUAAUCCUCCAUCACGCUCGGGCUAACGAGUGCCAAGAUGUGCCACGCUUUAAGAAGGAGAUGGCCCAGCUGGUGGACGUUGCCCUCAGCAGCACCCUCUCCCUGGGAAAGAUCCAAGUAGCCGACUUGCUCUCUAGAGUCUUUGGCCUACUAAUCAAACACAAGGUGAAACUGGAAAGUAACUUUGCAUCCAUCGUCCUUGCUAUCAUGGUACUGGAAGGCCUGGGCCGCUCUUUGGACCCCAACUUGGACAUCUUGGAGCUGGCCAAACCGCUGCUGCUCAAAAACUGUGCCUCACUCGUAUAA